AUGGCGACGGGCGACACGGCCGUCUCGAUGCCCAUCUCGAGCCCCCCGCCGCUCCUCGACCGCACGCCUAGCAACAUCUCUAGCCCUCUGAGCGAGGUUGAAGACAAGGACGGCGAGCCCGAAGACAUGGACCUUGACCUCGAAAACCAAAAUACCUCCACGCGUAAUCAGUCAGACCGCGACGAUGACGAUGCCGAGACUGGCCCUGUGCCCGGCACCACGGCCUCGGGCUCGGACGGCGACGGCGACUCCAAUUUGUCCGAGCUAGAUAUCAAUGAAUCCGAAGCUGAAACAGAGCGGCUCGAGGACACUCCGCGAAAGAAGCGAAAUGGUCGCAACGCCUCUGCCAAUGGCACCGGCGACGACUCGAAGCAUUUUGUGCAGUCCCGCGAUCGGCCCUUUGAGCCGAGCCCCAGCAAGCUCAAACAGCAGAUACAGGUCGACGUCGAGCCCGCUCGUAACUCUGACGAAGAAGACGACGCCGAAGAAGAAGGGGAGGAGGAGCUCUCCGAGGAGGAGGCCGGCCACGAAUCGGAUGCCUCCAGCCAGGCGGACGGUGGCCGGAACGGCGGCGGCUCACCUCGGUCCGCCUCCCAGAAGCGAGCCAAGGGCGAUGCGGCCUCUACAAACACCGAGGAUACGAGCCAAGGCGCAUCCUCGUCAGAGACUCGCAAGCGCAAGCGAUCGCUUGCCGCCGACCAGUCCGAAUCGGACCAGCCGCUGAGGAAACGUGUCGGAUCGGUGGGUGUCGAUCGCGAAAACACCGACGACAAGACCGUGCUGGACGACGAUACCGAGAACAUCUCCACCAACCCCCAGAGCAGAGCUCACUCGUCAGACGAGGACAAUACCAACGACAAAGAAGAGCACAUUGCUGAGUCAAUAGAAACUCCCGCUGCCGAUGCCAACCGGGCGCGCAAGUCAAAGCGCCACGGCGCCAAGAGGCGCAAGGGCUUUGAGGACAGCGCGGCUGGCUCAGAAGUCAAUGAGGAAUUGGCAGACGACGAUGCCGGCGCGGCAGAAGAUGAGACUACAGCACCAGGAGAGGAUGAGCAGCCCGAGGGCGAGGUUGACGAGGAGGCCGAGAUUGCCCACAAGAACGAAGAAGAGAUGGAACGAAAACGGGCUGCAUUUGAGCAGCUGCAAAGCAUCGAGAAGCACUUUGCGACAUUUCGAGAGCGCUUAUAUCAAGAGCGUUUGGCGCAGCUCACCGAAGAAGAAGCUAUGCUCACCGGCGACAAUCCAACCCACCCCGAGUACCUUGCCAUGAUGCAGUGUAUCGACGCUCGACGCGACGAGAGACAGCGAGUGAUUGAUCUCGAGUACCAGUUCAAUAUGGACACCACGAAACGCUGGGCGGUAGCGCGGCGCGCACAAAUACACGGGCAAUACUUCCAGAGCAUUCGCCAGUCGCGCGAAGAUAUCCUGGAGGACCUCGGCCGGCAGUGGUACCAGAUUCAGCAGCAGCGCCGCAAGCACGCCAACAACAUACCCGACUUUGGUAUCCGUUUCCCCAUGUCUAAGCCACAGAGGGUCAGGAAUGCCAUUGCCUACAACAAAGAAGUUUCCAUUCUCUCGGGCGUCGCAAAGCACGAGGGCUUCCCGGCGGCGCCUCAGAUCAACGGCGCUUCUGCCGGCGAGAUGGACGAGGAUCUCGAGGAGAUCUUGAAAUCACGGCCGGCUGGUCAGCAGGUGCCCGGGGCGCAACCUUCCUUCCAGGACCUCAGCGGCCUAACCUUCCACCUCGGAGCAGCAGGCCACCAGUACCUGGCAGACACGCCCUGGGCAAAUCCCAAUCACCCCGCCCACCAGGCGCAACGGCCACAAGCAACGCAAGAGCCCCGCAUAGACAGCCCAGCUGCCGGACCGUCCGACCGGAGGCAUUCGCACCAGCCCGGAGGGCUUUUCUCCUCGAGCACCAACUCAACGAUACCGGGCAAUGCAGUCAACGGCGACUCGCCUGUCGCAGCAAAGCCGAGAGCUGUGUCAGGCGCAGACAUUGCGAGGCCGGCCAAGUCAUUCGCUGCGGAGAAAGCGCUAAAGCAUGAACCCGUCGUGUGA